AUGGGCAAAUACGAGAAAGGAACACCGAAAGAAAUUGCCAAUCGAUGUAAAUCAAAGGGCUUGCAAAAACUGAGAUGGUUUUGCCAGAUGUGCAAAAAGCAGUGUCGCGACCAGAACGGCUUCAAAUGUCAUUUAACGAGUGAAACUCAUCAGCGACAGUUAUUACUGUUUGCCGAAAACCCAAAUACUUAUCUGAAAGAAUACAGCGAAGAGUUUGAAAAUAACUUUUUGAAGGUAUUACGAAGCACUUUUGGUACGAAACGCGUUCGUGCCAAUGAAGUUUAUCAAGAAUACAUUCGUGAUAAAAUGCAUACGCAUAUGAAUUCAACAAAGUGGCAUACUUUAACUAAUUUUGUUAUUUAUCUUGGGAAAUCUGGCAAAUGUCACGUCGAUCAGACAGAAAAAGGUUGGUUUAUUGCAUGGAUUGAUCAACAAGAAGAGCUGAGAAAGCAGGAAGCAUUGCAUAAGGUCAAAGCAAUACAUGAUGAUGAAGAACGAUUACAACAGUUAUUGGAAGAGCAAGCAGAAAGAGCUCGUGAAAAACGACAGCAAUCAUCAGAUAUGAGCAAGAACCAUCCCACAGAGUUACGUCGUGCUGGUGAUGACUCGAAAGUCACUUUUUCUUUGACGACAAAGAAGCUAACUGAUGAGGAACUGACUAGACCAUGUACGUCGGUUUUUGCGACGUCUUAUUCUAUAUUUCACACCAAAAUCAAAAGAGAAACAAAGCUUGAACUAGAAUUUCUGGAUAAAUCUAAAAAGCAUCAACAAUGGGAUAACUUGUUCAGCGCAGCAACCUUGAAGAGAGAAAUAAAGAGUUAUUGUCGGAAAGAGCAUGAUGAUUCGACUGUUGGGUCAAAUAAAAGUCGGAGAGAAGAUCUGAAGUCAAAAAGAAAUGUCUUGGAUGAAAUUAUGGAAAUGGAAGAGCGUCGUAAGGAAAAACGGAAUAGACGAGACAAUUGGCUUCAUGAAGGGAUUGUUGUAAAAAUUAUUACGAAGAAAUUUGGCAAUGAUUUUUACAAAGCGAAAGGUGUGGUAAAACAAUUAGUGGACGAUUUCACCGCCAUUCUGGAUGUGAACGAUUGUUCACUGAAGGUGAGCCAGGAAAAUGUAGAGACAGUGAUACCGGCAGUGGGACGUGAGAUGUUGAUUGUUAACGGAGCGUAUCGUGGAACGAAAGCUGUGUUGCAAGCGAUUGAAGAAAAGAAGUUCGCCGUGGUCUUACGCCUUGAUGAAAGCCUCGCUAAAGGAAGAAUUUUACGUUUACCAUAUGAGGAUGCUUGUAAGAUCAAACAGUGA